AUGAUCUUACCGGACGAUAAAGAACCAGCGAUUGUCUGGGACCCUGCAAAAGGUCGAUAUGUGGACACUGAUGAUACUGACGAAGUAACAAUUGCUCCACCCCUCAUGCUAGAUGCUCAAAUCUUGAACUUUGGUCCUAGCGGACUUGCGGCAGCUCGCAAGAGCAGGGGAUCUCGUUAUUAUAACUCAUGGAAACAGCCGUCAGUGGAUGAAGUUAUCAAUCCAACAUCCGUACCGGUCCCAGGGGUUCCGCUUCCAGCGCAAUUAUUUAUUCCCACCACAAGCGGUGAUUAUCAUAAUCUAUAA